CGGGGAGCGCACAGCUACGAAGGCUUCGAGGACGCCAUUGUUUAUUUUUUAUGCAUAAAAAUUAACUUCUCCGGUACUGUGCUACUGUUAUAAAGUGUUAAAAAACGGAAACAGUGUUACGUGUGUUGGGAAAGUUAUCGUUCCAGAAAGUUAAGCCGUACCGAAGCUUAUGAUUUUCGAACGAUGGACGCAACACUCGAAAGAGACAAAAGUAUCCGAAACUUCAUGUAGCGACUACAUGAACAAGCACGGAAUUGACAGAGGUGAGCCGUGAUCGGAUAUCUACGGCAGCCGAGAUCCUUCUUCGACUGAGAAAGUGUUGUUGUGUUCAAAUGCGCGAAAAGUCAACGGUGUCGAUUUUUUUUCAACGAGUACAAGUUCGGGAAGAACAUUGAGUGAAUUUACAUAUGAACUCCAUAUUGCUAAAAAUAUCAACUGUCUAAUGAGUGGUGAACUGCGUGUGAAAACUGUGUGCACAGAACAAAACGAAGAAACAUCGUGUAAAUCGUGGUAGCAAGCGCAUCUUGUAAAUCAGUUCGUAUGCAUGAAAAUGCACUGUUCUGUUGAUAGCUAGCAACAGCCAGGGCAGUUUAUGUAGAAAUAUUAUAAGAGCCAUAUUCAACUGUGCACAUCAUAAAAAAUCCAAGGAACACCAAACAUGACGGCCAAUUCGGAUACAUCUACUACUGAGUUGGCGUCGCCGGUACCACACAAUGCAAUACUUCGCUGGAAGAGGGUAACUAAUCCCAGCGGCCCACAACCAAGGCCUCGCCACGGGCACCGAUCUGUGAAUAUCAAAGAGUUGAUGGUCGUUUUUGGUGGCGGUAACGAAGGAAUUGUCGAUGAAUUGCACGUAUAUAAUACAGCUACCAACCAAUGGUAUGUCCCUGCUACAAAAGGAGAUGUUCCACCAGGAUGUGCUGCUUACGGAUUUGUCGUAGAUGGUACUAGGAUUCUCGUUUUUGGUGGGAUGGUAGAGUACGGCAAGUACUCCAACGAACUUUACGAGCUACAGGCCACCAAAUGGGAAUGGAAAAAAUUGCGUCCGAAACCUCCAGAGUCCGGACCACCGCCGUGCCGUCGCUUAGGUCAUAGUUUCACGCUUGUGGGGGAUAAAAUUUACCUAUUCGGAGGUCUUGCCAAUGAAAGUGAUGACCCGAAAAACAACAUCCCCAAAUAUCUUAAUGAUCUCUAUAUAUUGGAGAUCAAAAAUAACCAACUACAGUGGGAAAUUCCUACUACGUUCGGAGAAAGUCCACCACCUCGCGAGUCACACACCGCAGUUUCAUGGUACGAUAAAAAGAUGAAAAAGUAUUGGCUUGUGAUCUACGGUGGUAUGUCUGGCUGUCGACUUGGCGAUCUUUGGCUACUGGACACGGAUACAAUGUCCUGGACGCGUCCCCGAACAAAUGGUCCACUACCACUGCCUAGAUCAUUGCACAGCUCCACGCUUAUAGGAAAUCGAAUGUAUGUGUUUGGUGGUUGGGUUCCGCUAGUGAUGGAUGAAGUGAAGAUAGAGAAACAUGAAAAAGAAUGGAAGUGUACAAAUACUUUGGCAUGUUUGAAUCUCGAAUCUAUGACCUGGGAGGAGCUUGAUCUAGAUACUGAAGAAGACAACAUGCCACGUGCCCGUGCAGGCCACUGUGCCGUCGGAAUACAUACUAGACUUUAUAUAUGGUCUGGUCGUGACGGCUACAGAAAGGCCUGGAACAACCAGGUUUGUUGCAAAGAUCUUUGGUACCUUGAAGUUGAGCGCCCAUCUGCAGCAUCACGCGUGCAGCUGGUACGGGCUGCUACUCACUCGCUCGAGGUGUGCUGGCCAGCAGUUCCAUCGGCGGCAUAUUAUAUUCUCGAAGUUCAAAAAAUUCCCCAAGCGCCUCCACCACCACCCACACCUGUUGCUCAAAUUCCACCGUUACCGGUUGGGUCGGCUGCACCAUCAGCAAUCAUUGGCUCCGGUGCCGCUUCUAGUGCCGGAUCGAUGUCACCGGCACAAAUGAAUAUUGGCGUUGCGGCAACAGCAGGAGAACCUUUGAUUCAGCAACCAAUUAUAAAACAACUACCUGUUCGAGCUGCUGGACCUGGAACACCAACAGCAUUAGGCGUAUCAGCAACAAGCAUUCAAUCACCCAUACUUCAAAGUAACAGUAUGACCACGCAAACAGCGAUACUCAGUUCUGUUCACAACCCGACCACCAUCGGACUGCAAUCGCCUCCUACAAACAACAAUGUAGGUGUCGUUUCGUCGUCAAUACAUAGUUUGAACCAACCGGUUCAAAGAAUUGUCACCAAGGUACAGCCAGCAAAGCAAAUUCAAACGCCACAAAGGGUUCUUACUACUUGUUCGCCUAUUCUGCAGCAGCAACCCACACAAAUUAUUGCGACGCAACAACAACCGAUAUCUUCGCAAACUAUUCAGGCGGCCGUAGCUCAUGCAACGAAUGUAACCACAGGUCAGAACCAACUUACGCAACUACAACAUACACCACAGACAAUUCGGGUCGUUUCGGCCGGUGGCACGUCUAUUACAAACGCACAACAGCUUACCAUAGGUGCCGGAACACCGAUACGGGUACUCUCAUCUACUGGGCAGCAGUUACGUAUCGGGACAGCCGGUUCUGCUACCAUCCAGCAGGGCCAGACGGCAGUCCUUCGAGCCGCUGGUACCAACGUAGUUUCCGGUAGCCAUCUACAGUCUGUUCAGCAGCGUAUCGUGAGUGCCGCUUCUGGUAACACAUCCACAACGGCCACCAUCGGUGGCAAACAAAUUAUUUUACAGAAACCAGGUACCAUAGUAAGCGGUCCGGUAGUGGCUGGUGUUACAGCUACCACCGCUAUCAAUAGUGCUGCUACAAACCAGGGUCAGAUUCUGACACUGGUAAAAACAAGCCAAGGCAUGGCGAUGCAAACUGUACCGAAGAUGAGUGUGGUCCAGAAAGCCACCGGAACAAUCGCGGGAGCACUACACCAGUCUCCGCAGCAGCUUAUUACGUCAAAUCUUAUCGCCGGAUCGGGAGGCACAGUGUUGCAACAGGCAUCUGUCGCAGGUCCGGGUGGUGGUCAGAAGACCACCGUUCUCGGCGGCAACGUAGUGAAGUUGAUGUCAACUGGUACCGGUACCAUAGGAGGCAAGCAGAUACUGAUGAAAAAUUCAAAUAUUGUGCAGGUGGGAAAAGUGGGUACUAACGCCACUGGAAAGCCAACGUUGGUACUCACGAACAAGGCAGGCCAACCAAUACGCGGUAACCAGCAGGUAAUUGUCGUUACGACUCCACAAGGAAUUCGUACUGUGAGUGGAACAGUUACGUCGUCGGCCAGCAAUUUUGUUACCCUCUCGACAUCGCAGGUUAUCAACACGAUCAGUACCUCACGAGCUGCCAGUAUAAGUGGCACGACGGUCCUUCAGGGGACAUCGGUGUCAAGUGCGGGAACUGUGUCAGCUCUUGGGAGUAACGCGAUUGCUGUUACGUCGAGUGGAAGUGCCACCACGACUAUCGGUGGACAAGCUAUAAAGCUGCGGGCCGUGCAGGGUGGCAAACCGAUCACCUUCACUAUGCCAGUUGCAGGUCUACAAGCUGCUGGGCAAAAACUGACGGGAACACAAAUCAUUAACAUGCCACAGAAGCUUGUUAGCGGUAAAGCCCUCACAGUCCAGCUGACUCCUGCAGGUGGUCAGAAGACAGUCACUAUCGUUAAUUCUGCUGCAGGCGCCACUGGUGCUGGUGCUUCCGUGACCGGACAGACUGGCCAGAAAAUCCUUAUGCUGCCUUCAAAAACAACCACUAGAAUCGUCACUCAGCAGCAGUAUCAACAAAUACAGCUACAACAGCAGCAGCUACAGGCUGCUCAACAGCAACAGCAACAACAACAGCAACAGCAACAGCAACCGGUGCAACAGUUGCCACAGGAACAGCAAGUGUCCACUGACGCAGCGUUUGCAGCGUUAGCAGCAGAAACCGGCAUGAUGGAAAUGGAUAGCGAAGGAAUGGAACAAAUGGAUGGCUGUUUCGACUUUGAUGAUGGAAAUUGUACUGAAUAUGUCCUGGAGGAUACAGAGGCUGAUAACGCCGUAACUCUAGAAGAGUUAGAACAGAAAAUUCUACCACCAGAAGAGUUGCUACUGGAGAGCAUUAUGAAUCUACAGGAGAUGCCUGUAUUUGAGCAGUUGGAUGGUUGCGACGACAUCCUUCCAACUCGUGAUGACGAAGAAAAGGACACGUUUUCGAAGAAUUAUUCUUGUACCCCAAUGACAAAAGUACGGUACACUAAAUUAGGCUUAUAUGGUGGCGCAGUGAAUAUUACUGGUGCCGUUAACAAUGGUAAUGGUGCAGAAGAUAACGCCUCGAUGAUAGAUAAUACCAUACCGGAUAAUAAUCAGCACCUGAAUGAGGCCGAAGGCAAUCAGCUGCCGGUAACAGACUCUACAGAAGGGGGACAAGUUGAUUUUCCAACCGACACAAUCGAAAGGGACGAAGAUGGUGAAGGGUCGAUGGUUGAGCAGGAGGAAGAAUCCACUUUGAAUAACCCGAAUGAAGAGCAUUUGGGAGCGACGAGCAACAACGACACUGCGAUAGAGGACAACUCCAUGUUUGUUUCAACGGUUAAUGAAGAUAUGCCAGCCGGGGCUGUGUCAGAGGGUUUAAAUGUAGAAGGACACAAUGUGGGAUCCGAGGAGGAACCCACUAUUGCAGAAGUGAACGAAAGACACAGCACGGAUCAGACGGAUACGAAUACUUCGAUACCAUUGGAAGGCGUAGAAGAUGAGCCUCACCAAAAUCUCGGUGCUCUGUUAGAUGAUAAUACAUUAAACGAAACAUCAAGUCAACAACAAUACGAAAUGCCUUUUGCGGAUCAUAAUGAAGAAGGCACCAAGACACAGCAAGAACAGAUUCUAAAUGAUAGUACAGGGGAAGGCGACGGGUCUAUCAUCAGCGACAGAGUACCACAAGCUUCUCUUCGCAAUCCAACAGCAACGGAAACGGAAGCCGCAAAUAUUCUUACUACUAUUAAAAGCGCUGACAUCCUUUCAAUUCAAAAUGCCGAACUUUUGGCCAGCGGAAGCGCCAACGAGAAUAUUAUCUCGGGGGUUGCCACUGAGAUGCUCCCAACGGACGCCGAAAAUCAAUCAAUAACAUUCAAAACAGAAUGUGGAGAUGUCACAUCGGCUGUAAGCGGUAACAUGAUGACCCUAAGUGAUGGAACCACCUUCGUGACAAGGUUGCAACCUGCCGGAGAUGUAACUACGCACAGUGUGAUUCCGCCUGUCGUUAAGAUCGAGGAUAAUAAGACGUUUACUACUGGCCACUUGGAUGCAUUGGCCGAGGCAGCUGCUUCGGCUACCUCUGCUCUGCCAGUCGACUUGAUGAAUAGCUCGUUAUCGACUGGUGGCUUAAUGGGCGAUUUACUUUCUUCGCCUACAUCCAACGUGGCACAGCAGCAACACCCAACGUCGAUAAAGUAUCUAGAGACUGAAUCGAAACCGUUUCAGCUUUCUUCACCAAUACUCCAAACGGCGGGCAACCCUCCGGCAGUAAAUAAUGGGAAUAAUGCAAUGCCAGCAAACAAACAGUUAAUUGCUACAAAUGCAGCCAAGGUCAAUGCACGGGGUGUAACAGUUGGAAAACUCAAGGAUGAAAAAGUUGAACAGAAGCCCAUGAAACCAAAAGAUGAAUCAGAAAUCUGGCACACUGUUGGUAUAUUCAAGGCAGUCAAUCAUACCGUAUCAAAUUACAUUGAUGUAAAUGAAUGGGACAGUUCGGUCGACGGUGAAAUGCUUACAGCAGACAACAUACCGAAUCUGUCCGAAUUGAAGCGGAUAAAUCUGGAGCCUGGCUGUGCGUACCGGUUCCGAGUAGCGGCUAUUAAUAGCUGCGGUCGUGGCGAGUGGAGCGACGUGACUCCUUUCAAGACUUGCCUGCCAGGUUUCCCAGGUGCACCAUCAGCAAUUAAGAUUUCUAAGUCACCCGAGGGUGCGCACUUGUCCUGGGAGCCACCACCGUCAACUACCGGCGACAUUCUUGAAUAUUCAGUCUAUUUGGCGGUCAAGUCGCAAAAUGCGACUAAAGAUAAAUCGUCCUCCCCAUCGGCCGCACAGUUGGCAUUUGUUCGUGUAUACUGUGGGUCAAACAAUCAAUGCACAGUGGCGAACCAGUCGUUGCAAACGGCACAUGUUGACUUCACCUCCAAACCGGCCAUCAUAUUCCGUAUUGCUGCCCGCAAUGACAAAGGUUACGGACCAGCAACGCAGGUCAGGUGGCUACAAGAUCCACAAUCUUCAAAGACUGGGCAAGCUGGUGGAAGUGCUGGAGGCCAAUCGCAGCCCGGAGUUGGCGGGAAACGUUUGACUGAAAAGUCAAUGGCAGCUGGACCGAAUAACAAAAGAAUCAAGAUAAACACGGCCUCCAAUCCAACGAUAAUGGUGUCUCCACAACACAACCAGUAGGUAGUCAGCAUCUGUGACACUGGGGCAUGUUAUUUAUCUCUAUGAGAUUGAUUUUAAAGAGCACAAGAUCGAAUACAGUGCUGCAGAGAACUAGUGGGUUAUAUAUAAUGCAGCUGACGAAGGGAAUUAUCAGCUUUUAUAUCAAAAAGUAACGAAGCAAUUCGUAUAACUACAUGCAAACAGACGGAGUCCUCAAAAGAAAUAAAUAUACACUGUUGGUAAAGCAUGGUUACCCAACGAUCGGGAUCGUUUAUCACACAUCAAUCGAUAAAACGUUUCGUAACGUUUAACGCAAUUUUGUAUAGAAUGUAUUUUAAGCAAUAUAUCUAACGCAUAUUACGUAUAUAUUCCGAGUACCGAUUCUUCACAACCCGCGCUUCACGAUAGAUUUCCCUUCCGCAUUGUUUCAGUCCGAUAGUAGAACGAAAAUAUCCACACCUACACUUAAAGAUGGAUCCGUGGACAUACAAAAAAAUCUGUUCUGUAAUAAUAAUGUGCUUUAGUGUCUGUUUAGGUACAAAGAGUCCCUGGCCUGAAGAUUACAUCCAACGAACAUAUAUCGCAGCUUUAAUCCGAAAACCGAACCGAAACCACACCAUUCUAUCAGAUUUCACAGAGUCUGGUAGAUUGAUAGCGAUGCAUAUGUAUUGACGAUAAGAAGGGUAUAGGGUUCAGGUACAUGAUGGGAAAGGAAAUUACACGUAUAGGAACGUCCCAAAUUGUUUCCCCUUCUUCCAUUCAUAUGUAUAGUUUUAUAACAUCGUCAGAUGGUAUAAUGACAUUUAUAAAGGGUGUUUAGAUAUAAACUCGUGUCAAGAAAAUAAUAAAACAUGGGAAACGCGACUCGCAAUUCUAAGAAAAGAAAACCAGAAUCGUGCUGCAGAUACACAUUGCGAGAGAAUUGCGCAUACCAACCGGUCGGGAGGCUAUUCAAAUAUUAAUUUCCCAUUUUUCACUUCCUAAUGAAAGACAGCACAAAAUCGAGCAUUACAGUAGAGAAAAUUAUAAAAUGAUCGAUGAGUUGCACAUGUAAUAAGCUAACGUAUGAAAGAUCGAUCGAUCGAUUAUCAGCAUGUUGUAGGAAAAUCCCGAACGCAAAAAAGUGUACAUACAUUUUAAAUGAAUAUGAUUAGUACCUCCAAUAGAGCGUAUAAUAAGUGAACCCGUGACUGAAUUUGUGUGAAUGGAACAUUAUCACUUCAUUUGGUUAUGUUAAACGCAGUCUUCAUCACAUGAUUUUGUGGUUUGCGUUUGGGAAAAAAUUGUCAAAAUGGUAACUCAAAUAAAUAAGAUCCCAUCGAUUGGAAAACAACAGUAAUCUUUAUGGAGAGUUUAUUGUCAUUUGCUGACUGCUUGCUUACGAUAUAACGAAAAAUGUUAAUACAACAUAGUCAUUUUUCUAUUUUAUUAUAUGUAACAGUUUUCAUUGCCCAUCAACAUGGUUUGACACAUGUAUCUACUGUAACCAAAUCAAUUUCGCUCUGGGGGAUACUGCGUGACAUGUGACAAAAAUUAUGUGUUUUAUAAUACUUUAACUAUGUCCCUUUCCUAGACAGUAGUCAGUGGUGACUGUAAAUUCAAUAGAUGGGCUGAAACAUUAGUUUGGUUAUUAGAGCAAGAAGAAUUACUUCAGUAUGUUAAGUUGUGGUGCGUCAUUAGAGAUGCGUCUAAGCAAUGAAAAAUGUCAUGGAUUUUCUCAGAUUUGCUACAAAUAUAUGCAAUAAUA